CUGGUCGUGUUUAUAGAGUGUUCUAGAGAGGACGAAACAUGUCUGCCCCCAUAGUCCGUGCGACAGUGAAAGCUAUUAGCAAAAGAAAAUUACUUCCUACUAGAGCUGCGCUUACUUUGACACCUGCUGCAGUCAACAAGAUUAAGAUCCUGCUACAGAAUAAGCCAGAAUAUAUCGGUCUUCGGGUGGGCGUUCGAACCCGAGGCUGCAAUGGCCUCACGUACACGCUGGAUUACACCAGGGAGAGGGAGAAAGCAGACGAGGAAGUGCUUCAGGAUGGUGUUAGAGUCUUUAUUGAGAAGAAGGCCCAACUCACUCUGUUAGGAACAGAGAUGGACUAUGUGGAGAGCAAGCUGUCCAGUGAGUUUGUCUUCAAUAACCCCAACAUCAAAGGCACUUGUGGCUGCGGGGAGAGCUUCAAUAUCUGAGAUGUGCAUCUGGGCCCUCUCUCCACCCAUACCCUGUAGAUCACACCAAGAAUCUAACCAACUCCACAUCUAGAUGCUCCAUGUGAUGACAUCACAGCUGGGGCAGCAUACUUCUAUUUACUGUGAUAAAUUUAUUUUAUAAACGAUUUCUUUUGGAACUAGCAAUGCUGCUGUGGGCUGUAUGUACAGGAUGGUGUGUACAGCUGCCAUGAUGGUAUUUGCCCUUAAUUGGCUUUUUCACAUCUGUUUGCAGGCUAAAACCCACUAUCUCUCUCACAAUAUAUUCACAGUUAAGGUCCCUUAAACAGUUUGUUGGUAAAAAUGACUAUCGAUCGAAGUAAUGGCACAUGGCCGAAGAAUGACUGUCAUUCUUUAUGAGAGUGCAUGUUUCCUAGCUCCAUCACAUUUGCAGCCAGGGGGGAAGUCCUCUGGUAAAAGGUUACAGAGCCCUACAUCAGCUGGAGUUUUUUUGUGAUUUAAGAAUGCCAAAAAGGGAGACGAAGGGUGUCAGCAGGGCGUGGCACUUUCUGGCAGUCCUACCCUGGGUGUUGGCUGGGUGUGGCACUUUGUGGUGGGGUGUGACAAUCUGAGUGACUCUUCCACCUUUAUGCAGAGAAAGCCAUUCCACAUCAGCUCCAUAUGAAUAUCCACUCACCAUUAAUAUCUGCACCAUGUUCAGUUUGGCUCCACAUUAAUAUCCACUCAACAUUAAAGUCCACAUUAAUAUUUAAACGAUAUGUAAAUCAGCUCCACAUUAAUACACAUGCUGCCUGACUCUGCCUCCUUUCAUUGUGGGAUGUGAGUAAGGCUCUGGCACCACCCCCUUCCGCAACAGCGCUGUUACUCUGCCUCUGUUCCAUUCAUGCAUGGUCACAUGCCCUGUGAUCUCUUACAGAUCAGCUGUCUGUGCUCUGUGUCUCUGUGAGUGAUGCGUCUAUCUGUGAACACUUUCUGUGCUCACACACCCAGGUGCUGCUGUCCCCUCAGCAGGAGAUUUACAAAAAAAAAUUGUGUUGACAUGGGAAGAGAAAAGACAGUGGCCUUGUCCGGUUCAUCCAGGACCAGAAUGUAUGAAAAAAGCCAUUAGGACCAAUGACUGGGUGAUCUCAGCCAAUUAGUGUUUUAAUGCAGAGAUAAAAUUGUGUCAGAUCAGGUCAGUCGCCCAUUGACUGGUUGAACACGGUCACUGUUACUUGUUUUAGUGGUUCAUGAAAGCCUCUCCUUGCACUGGCCUGGACUCAUCUGGUCACUGUAAUGCAUGCAACCUUUGGCUGAAGAUUAUUUAUUAAUGAGAGAUCAUUAAUGAAAGAUCAGUUCUGUUCAUUUAGUUUCAUUUAUAUCGCUUCUUCCUGUGGGCUCUGCCUUGUAAGGAAGAUAAAACUGCAAAAUGGAGCUGAGGGCAGAGAUCUAGGGAUGCAGGAAAUCGUUUUUGUAGGAAGAGAAGUGUGUGUUUCGGUUGUUUGAAUCUCCAAGUAUAUGUAUAUAUAAAGAAUGUAAAAUAUCCCUUAAACCUAAAUGCAACGCACAAAUAAUAUAUUCUUUACAUAUAAAUAUAUAAGGAAAAGGAUUCUGCUCCACUGCCAGAUUUGCAGGAUGCAUUUGUACAGUGUUACUAUUUCAGAAUUGUAAAUGGUGCAAUAUGUGUA